UUUCUGUCUUUACAUUUUAGUAAUUUUAUUUUUGUUUGUUUAUCAGUUUUAGAUUGGUUCCCCCAGUACAGUGUUGCCAUGUCUGCUGAUAAUAUUGUGUUUUGGGGGUUUAAAAUAAAACAUGGAAACUGCAGUUGACAUUUCUAGUGAUAUCUGGCAACCGUGAGUUUAAAUGAAGUGCAUUAGAGUUAGUGAAGGAGAGCGGCAGCGUACUGUAUGUUUACAGACUGAACAGUUCCUACUCUUGCUUAUGAUUGGUGAGGAAUUUUUUAAUAAAGAAGUUUGAAUUAAACCAACCUGUAGCAUUACACGAGCAGGUGCAAGUUCAGGUCAUUUUGCGGGAUAAAUAAAAGAUGGCGGUUGUGAGAUCGGGAAGUUGAGAGAAGCAGAUGAUGUACAAAGUUACUCUUGUCAUCAUAAUGGCUUCUCUGCAGUAUUUACACACUUGUUCGGUUGACUGAGGAGAUGAAAAGCAGUGUGAAAGUAACUGUUGCCCGGUGUAGUUGCAUUUUGGAGUUGCAGUUUUUAUCCAGAUUGUAUUAUACAACUCCGAACAAGUCACUCACACUGGUGCGAAUAAAUAUUUAUUCACGGUCGCACAAAAAUACUUUUCAGUCACAAAUGCGAGUGAAAUGGUCGCACUGUAGAGCCCUGAGUUUACCUGCAAUGUUUUUUCCCGUUCAGCGUGAUGACGUUUAACGUCCCCGACAACCUCUGUAGUGCCAUUUAGCAUCAUGUUAAUGUCAUGAUUUCUCCUCGCGCAAAACGCUGGAGCUGGAAGUGAAGCUGGCAGCUCGAGGGCUAAAAUGCUAACUCCAUUUCGGGGUUUUGGAAUUACAAAAUGACCCCAUCCCUGUGCCGUUCUAUGGUGAUUGGCUGUAAGUGUAGGAAGCGCUUGAUUUGAUCUGCAGCGGAGUUUUCUAUUAGCGGAGGACGAACUUUAAAUGUCAAUAUCGCAGUCGAUCAUGUUCAUGUAAUCGUGGGCAGUCAAAAUCAUAAUCUCGAUCGAUAUUUGAUUAAAUGUGCAGCCCUAUGUAUCAGUACUUUUUGUACAUUUUCAGCACAUUUUAAUAAUACCGUGAUAAUACUGAUGACCAGGAUAUUUUGGGCAAUGAUAAUCGUGAUAUGAAAGUUUCAUACUGUUAGCUCUCUAGCCUAAUGUAUACUAUGGCUUUACUGUUGCCAGUUUUUGAUAUCUUAUAGCCCCUGUAUGUCAGCUGGAUGGCCCAGCUGAGGUUCAGUGUGAUCCAUGUCAGAGAGUGGUUGGCAGGACUAGUCCCAUGAUUGCAUAUUUUUAGCUCUGUGAAGAUAUAAAUAGCUGUGUGUCUGCUGUGAACCUGAAACGCUUUGAGGUUAUAAGUGCAAGACAAAACAGCAGUGUCCAUUGCCGGAAGUGUGUAAGAUGGAAGGCCUGUAUGAUGAUGAGGAGUGGGAUGAAGAUGAAGCAACACAAUACAUGAUUGAGCAGAGUCUGCUGGAAUAUAGCAUGUGCAGAAAUGAAACUCCAAGUGAUCCUACACUAGAAUACAUUGAUCAUGAAGAAAUUUUUACAGCCAUAUGUGCAGGAAAUGAGGAUGCCUUGCAGAUGCUUGUGAAGCAUAAGGCAGCCAUGUCCAUGGCAGACAAAAGGGGAUGGAUCCCUCUACAUCAAGCAGCAGUACAGCAGAAAAAGAGCAUUUUGGAGAUCACUUUUUCAGCAUCUCCUCGGGGGUCGAGUGAGUCCCGCACGCUGAAAGGAGAGACUCCUCUGUUUCUUGCCGUUGUGAAUGGUCUUAGAGAGAAUGCUACAUUCCUGCUCCAGAAUGGCUGCAACCCUGACUGUCAGAAUGAGGAUGAGGACUCUGCAUUAGUUGCAGCUAUAAAGAAUAAUCAAUACGACUUGGCCUCUCUUCUUCUACGUUAUAAUGCUACAGUGGACCAAAAAGGUAGCCUCCAGAGAACUGCUCUGCAUGAAGCAUCUCUGUUGGGCCUAGAGGACUGUGUGUACCAGCUUCUCCAGGCUGGUGCCAACCCAGAUGCCUGUGAUGCCACUGAACAUACACCUUUAGGACUCGCAGCCCAAGCUGGGCAUUUGAAUGUUGUGGAAAUCCUACUACAGAAAGGGGCCAGCAUACGGUCAAAGCUUCACUCUGUAGAGUCUGUAUCAGUGCUGUUUGAGGCAGCAGCAUCUGGAAACCCUGAUAUAAUCUCGCUGCUGUUGGAGUACGGAGCGGACCCCAACACUCCCACACACACAGGCCAUCUGCCCAUUCACCAUGCUGCUUAUCGAGGCCAUCUGCUAGCACUGGAACAGCUGAUACCAGUGACUACAAAAGAGGCCAUUAAGGAGAGUGGCAUGAGCCCAUUACAUUCAGCCGCUGCAGGUGGACACACUCGAUGUCUUGAGUUGCUCUUGAAUGCUGGGUUUGACCCCAACUUCAUGCUCCAUCCACGGGUGCGCAGAAACUAUGAGGAUGAGCGCAGAUCAGCACUUUUUUUUGCUGUGUCAAACAGCGACGUGCAGUCAACGAGAUUACUGCUGAAGGCUGGUGCUAUGUCAAACCAGGACCCUGUUAAAUGUCUGCAAGUAGCCAUGCACCUGGGCAACUACGAAUUGAUCAACACGCUGCUGCGCUAUGGCGCGAAUGUGAACUACUACUCACGUGUAAAUACGACGCACUUCCCCUCGGCCUUGCAAUAUGCACUGAAAGACGAGGUGAUGCUCCGGAUGCUGCUAAACCACGGCUAUGAUGUACAGCGCUGCUUUGACUGUCCCUAUGGCCAGGGAUCUCACGUCCCCGUGGACUACGAGGGCUGGAGCGUCUCUGUGAUAAGAGAUGUAGUGUUCUGUGAAGUGAUAACAGUGUCCUGGCUCAAGGACUUUACAGGCCAGGUGGUAAGAAUCUUGCUGGAUUAUGUUGACCAUGUCAGCUUCUGCUCCAAACUGAAGAGAAUCCUGGCAGAACAGAUACAGUGGCCAGAAAUAUGUAAGAUUCAAGAAAACACUCGAAGCCUGAAGCAUUUAUGCCGUCUUAAGAUCCGUGAGUGCCUUGGUCGUCUGCGCCUUCGGGCUCCAGUUUUUAUCAGCUUUUUACCCCUGCCAAACACUCUGAAGGACUAUAUCCGGUUCAAAGAGUAUGAUAUUUACAGCAAAGGAAGCAUGGCAGAACUUGAAUAAUACAGAAAAAAUUCAUGUUCAUUGUCUUUAGUUAGUUUUUUUUUUUUUCCAUUGUCAUGCCACUUGUUGCAACAUGCCACAAUUGAUUGUUUGUUGUGGAUCAUUUGUUUGUUUUGAAUAUAGGUUUUGGAUUAUUUCUUUAUCAUGGUAAAACUUUGUACAAUGUAACGUACAUGUAUAUUUUAACCAUAGUUUACUGACAGGAAAACAGCAAUGCAGUAUUUAUUUAUGCAAGGCCAUAAUAAAGGAGCAAUAUAAUGUGUA